GUGUCAGUGCUGAGACGAGCGCUAGAGGAGGCAGCAGUGGCGCAUCUCACAUAUCCGCCGCUGGAAUAUAACGGCUGCUUUAGGAUGUGAACGGGUCUCGGCCUCGUCACCGGCCAAAGCUUCUGUUUUCCCAUGACAAACAGAUGCGAGAAGAGAGCGAGCGCGACCGAGAGUGAACGGUACAGGGGCGCGGAGAGGUCCUCGGUAUUAUUAUGAGAAAAGAGGACGGGGUUGUCGGAGCCGUAUUUGUUUUGCUCGCGGAGAUGAGGCGGGGGGUAGCGAGUCGCUACAAAAUCGUUGGGCUCCGGCCAAGCAUUGCUCUGUUUUAGCACCUGUAUAGCGCCGCGCUAGCGUUUUCAUCGUCAACUGACUCGUUUGAUCGUCACGGUUUGCAUCGCAGAAAAAUAAUGCAGCUGUCUCGAGGACAUCUGUGAGAUUUGCGGACUGCUGUUGCCGCUGCCAUGACAGACGCAGGCUUUACCGAGCAGGCGGUGUGAGAGAAGCACGGCCCCAGCUGCAGCAGCACGGCCGAUGUGGGCUGCGUUGAUUAAAUCUGUAAAUACUUUUCGCGUUAUUCCUCUUUAAUCGUGUGCAUUCUCAGGGAAAAUGUCCUCUCGGUCUGCUUUAUCGUCUGCGAACGACCGGAGCACAGAUCAUCAUGCGUCUCUGGUGGCGAGUCGUUCAGAGAAAGGGACGAAUGUGUCGAGUCGUUCACUGGGUGCGAGAUGUCGUAACUCAAUGGCCUCUUGCUCAGAUGAGCUGCCACACAUUGGAAACUACCGGCUCCUUAAAACCAUCGGCAAGGGCAACUUUGCUAAAGUCAAACUAGCCCGCCACACCCUCACGGGCAAAGAGGUUGCAAUAAAGAUUAUCGACAAAACUCAGUUGAACCCAACCAGCCUACAAAAGCUGUUUAGAGAGGUGCGGAUCAUGAAGACUCUCCAUCACCCCAACAUUGUCCAACUCUUUGAGGUUAUUGAAACAGAGAAGACGCUUUAUCUUGUGAUGGAAUAUGCAAGUGGAGGUGAGGUGUUUGAUUACCUGGUGUCUCAUGGGAGAAUGAAAGAAAUAGAGGCUAGAGCCAAAUUCAGACAGAUUGUGUCAGCCGUUCAUUACUGUCAUCAGAAGAAUAUAGUUCACAGAGAUCUGAAGGCAGAGAAUUUGCUAUUGGAUGCAGAUGCUAACAUAAAGAUAGCAGACUUUGGUUUUAGUAACGAAUUUACAUUGGGGAAUAAGUUGGACACCUUCUGCGGUUCCCCACCUUACGCAGCUCCAGAGUUGUUUCAAGGAAAAAAGUAUGACGGGCCAGAGGUGGACAUCUGGAGCCUGGGGGUCAUCCUGUACACGCUGGUCAGCGGGUCACUUCCUUUUGAUGGACAGAACCUCAAGGAGCUGCGUGAGCGAGUGUUGAGGGGGAAGUACCGUGUGCCCUUCUACAUGUCCACAGACUGUGAGGGGAUUCUGCGCAGGUUUCUUGUGCUCAAUCCCAGCAAACGUUGCACUCUAGAGCAAGUGAUGAAGGAUAAGUGGAUGAAUGCAGGGUAUGAGGCCGAUGAGCUAAAGCCCCACAUUGAGCCAGCGGAGGACUACAGUGAUGCCAAUCGAAUUGAGAUUAUGGUCGGAAUGGGUUUUACUCCAGAAGAGAUUAAAGACUCUUUACUCAAUCAGAAAUACAAUGAAGUCACGGCUACAUAUCUAUUGUUGGGCCUGAAGACUGAGGAUGGUGCUGAGUCACGAGUUAGUGGCAGUAUGACUUUGCCGCGGGUGCGUCCAAGCCCAAUUACCAACGGAACCAACAAACACACCUCUUCUUCGUCAUCUUCCUCAUCCUCGCACAGCAAGACUCAGCGCAGCGCUUCGACCUACCACCGCCAGCGACGGCACAGCGACUUCUGUGGUCCCAGCAUGCCUGUGAUGCACCCUAAGCGUAGCCCGACCAGUGGCGGAGACCGUGAGCUGCGUGAGAGCCGCAUGCCGCCAAGGAAGGCCAGCUGUAGCGUAAUGGGCAGUCGGACCCUACCACCAUCUAGUCCAAUGGUCAGCACCGCCAACAACCCCAAUAAGGCUGAGAUACCUGAUCGACGCAAGGAGAUGACCGCCACCACUAACAAUAUCCCAGGAAGUACAAUGACCCGCAGAAACACGUACGUAUGUACAGAUCGUUCCAGCACUGAUCGACACUCGCUGCUGCAGAACGGCAAAGACAACAGCUCCCUGUCUCACCGCCUCCCUCCCACCUCUCCCUCCACUCUUAGUAUUGUCGGAGCGGGAGCAUCCUCCUCUUCUUCCUCAGGUGAGCGCUGUAGGCUGACACGUGGAUCCACCAUCCGGAGCACCUUCCAUGGGGGUCAGCUCCGUGACCGUGUCCCGCCCACCUAUGGACCUCCGCCCACAUCGCCCACCCUCAGCCAUGAUGCUGGAGCACUGCCGCCGAAUGUCCGCAGCCGGGCCACUUCUAACCUGUUCAGCAAACUCACCUCCAAACUCACACGCAGGGUCACAAAUGAAUCUGAGGGAGUCAGCAGAUCUUCGGUCACAGGUGGCCAUUUAUCUGGGAAUCAGAAAGCGCCCAAGCCCUGGAGCGGGGGAGGGGGGUGGGAUGUAAGGAGUCAUCUCUCCCGUCCCCCCCGGGCCCCUGCAGAAGUGGUACUGGCCUUGCGUGAGGCGGCGAGGGGAUGCGGCUGCCAGGUCCGGCACGCUGGCCCGUUUCUGUUGUGCUGCAGUCAUGGGGCGGCAGGGUCAAAAGUCACUUUCCAAGCUGAGGUGUGCCAACUGAGUGUGGGUCCCGCAGAGGCAAACGGAGUACGCUACACGUGCCUGUGGGGGGCCCCCCUCGCCUUCAGGCACAUCGCAUCGCAGAUCUCUAAAGAGGUGGAGCUCUGAGGGGAUGGGGAGGGGACUUGACUCGGGAGACGUCCCCUAACUAUAUCCGUCAUUAUAGCGAACUGACGUUGACCCACCCACCUAUGUGUUAUAGACUUAAAACAUCUGAUCCCUCCUCCAGUCAACACUCAACACACACCGAAACUAAACACACAUACACAUAAACAAACACAGUCACCUUAAAAGCACGGGACACUCAACCUGACAAUAUGGAAACCUAAAGUACAAAAACAAGCACACCCCUUCCAUGCACAGCAUAAACCUGAGCGCUUCUUAACAUGGAUUCACACACACUCUGAAAAGCCUCAUUCACUGGAUCUGGAUUGAAUCCAGUUUAGUAUUUUUAUUCUCAUUCUAGUCAUGAAAUUCUUACUUAAAUAAUUGAUGUCAUUCUUUUUUUUAACCACUUUUGUAUGUUUUCAACAAGUCUUGACAUUUUAAACGGGUCAUCAUUUUUAUGUUUUUGUGAUUUAAUGUGUCUUACAUUUCUUAAUACUGAGUCAUUGACAAUGUAGGACUGUAGCUGCCAAUGAACUAUAUGCACAAAUGUGAAGUUGGCAAGUUUAUCCUAACUUCAUCAUAGCUUACGGUGCGCAACCAAAUCUACAUCGCUGGCAACUGCAAAUUUGAUCAGGCUUCAAGCCAACCAUCCACACUUUGUUUUUGAGAUUGUCCAAGCUAAAUUUUGUUGCCUAGAAAAUCAGUUUUUCUGAUGUAUAGUGCCAGUUUACUUGCUUCCUACCAAUUUUAAUUUAGAAGAGACAUUUAAUGCCAAAUUACUUUCCCUGACCCCUCGCGAACAGGCUCUGUGAUUGGUUGGUUCUAGAUAUUAAUCCUUUUUUUCAACUCCUAUUCAGUGAUCCUUUGCAAAUAGAGUCACCUCUCCCUUUGCCUGGUCAGAGUGGAGUUGAGGUUACCACAAAAGUGAUUUUACAAAGAGAGAUUGUUUUAGUGUUCAGUGUUAUUAAAGACACGUUUCUUGCAUUGUAGAUAUCUGAAUAAUUUGGAAAAAUGACCUAUUGGAUAUGGGAUCAUAUUGGAUAUUAUUUAAUUAUCAAACAAAAAAAAAAAAAUUUAAAAUUGAUUCUAUCCACCUCCAGUAUUAAAAACGAGCAGAUAAGUAAAUAUCAAAUUCAGAGAUGGUGUUGGCAUUGCAAAGUAUGUUGUGGCUUAGUAAUUGCCAGCAUUAUGCCAUAGAGUCACAUUCAGUAGCACAUGUAUGUUAUUGUAUGUUUACUUAAAAAUCACCAGAUAUCUAAAAUGCAGGAUGUUAUCAUGUAGGAGUGCAGGAAGAAGUUCAGUGCUCUUACUGCUAGAAUAUAUUUUAGGGGCAAAUGCACCAACAGGGUUUUGAAAAGAGUUGUUUUUUGAUUCAAAGUCAGUUGCACUUGCAGUCUUAUGAUAAAAUAGCAUUAUGUAUGACUGUUUCCAUUGCAAAGUCUUAAUAAUGCUGUGUAACAUAAAUAGAGUUGCAGUUUAAGAUUGGACCAUAGACAUAGUGUCAUGGACAGGCCAUGUUUUUGCUGUAGCUCAUGAUGGUUUUUAGCCAUAUGCGAGUUUGUCUCUUUAACAGAUGUGGAAGCAUGUUAUUAUCGACUUGACAGGGAUUUCAUAUGCAGGUUUGACACCUGAAUAAAAGAAAUACGCUGCUUAAGAUUAUUUUUCAUGAGUAGAAAUAGGUUUGUUUGGAGCUUUUCUGUUCUUUAUUCAAAUAAUACUCUUGGCUUGCUUUUUGACCAAACCAGUUCUGGUCAUUUGUUGUAUAACAAAUCCUAACUUUGCAAUAGUUGUCAAUUUGGCAAGCAUAAAAUAAACAGCAAUUCACAAGCGAGUGGAUCAAAAUGUAACUGUGAGUGGUGAUAAUUGUGCAAUAGCAAUAGAUGUUACUGUCAGGUUUAGAAGUUGUUUCUAUCUUAAUGUAAAGCCAUGCUUUUGCCCUGUUGGUGCUGCCAGCUUGUAGACAGUGAGAUACUGAGCAGAUACAUGGAUUUGAGUAAUGAGUUUUUUUUUUUCAGUCAGGAAGGUGUAUAGGACACUUCUUGCUAGUUCAGUUUGAAUAAACAGGUUGGUUUAAUAGGGCUGGUCUGUUAAGUUUUGAUUGGGGAGUCAUUGUGCUAUCAUGUGUGAAAUAUAUAGUAAAUACUAAAGGAUUAUAUUCCACUUUCUCCAUGUUUGUGAUGGCAUCUCCCUCCGUUCAUGAGAGGGUGUCGGAUUAUCGUACAGAAAACAAGUUUGGUUCUUGAUUUUGAUUGUCUGCAGCAAGUAGGUCAAAUACUUCGAAAUGCUUGAAAGUUUACUUGUGAUGACUGACUCCACAGGAAUCACUGGGGCACGUCACCUUUGACCUUUAGCCACACAGUGAGCCCCCAGAUUACAAGUCUGCCAUCUCUUUACCCAUCCACUUUUUUGUUGUCUCAUUCACUUUAUUCUCUGCCUUUGUGCCACACAUUCGCAGACACACCCAGUUUCUCCUCAUCCGAUUGCCGAAUCACUGGAAAUCCUUGUGUCAUUGUUCUGUCUGCUCUGUGACUGGACUCCUCUUGUGGAGAUGCUUCCUGUUUCAAACUGAACAGGGUAAGGACUGGACAUCCUGGACCAGUCUGAACCGGUCUCCACAUCAGACCGGCUCUAUCUGGUUUGGACUGCUGAGAUCUGUAUCUGUUCGAUGUCCAUUAAGACCUCUGUGCACUCAUGUUGACUUGAAUCAGCUGCAUCCUAUGGCUCUGUGGGUUUGUACCCAUGUUUGGCCACCGGAAGGAGCCAAUGUCUUAAAUGUGAACACUUCAAUUUGUGUAUAUUUGCACAGGUACUUAAUUUAUUUUCUAGAAUAAUUAUCUUGGGAGAAAAAAAAAAUCAUGGUUUAUAUCAGUCAGACUCUGGCUGUAUAUAAAGAUUAUGAUACUGAUGAUAAUAUUGUGAGUAUAGUAUAUACAGUAUCUUAGAACUCCAGGUUAAAUCAUAGCUAGAGCAGAGACCCUCUGCUAGCUCUCCAGAUGUUUCUAUGUGUGCUGAAGUGAAACACUAACCUGCAAUCCUGCAUGAUUCAGAGCAAGGAUGGAGAAAGAGAGAAGACAAAUGUGAAAUAACAGGACGGGCAAAAGCAAAAGAAUUCGAGGGAGAGAGAGUGUGUAUGCGUGUGCAUGUAUGUGUGAAUGUGUGCGUCUGUGUACUGCGCUACUCUGUUGCCCUGCCUCCCUCUCUUUGCUGGUAGGAAAUGUUUGUUUGUGUGAGAGCAUUAGGGCAGACUUUUGCUCUGGCAGCCAUACUUGACCUGGAGUGAAAGUGUGUCGGUAUGAAUGAGCUUUUUUUAAUGUCCAAGGCAUUAAAAAAGCAGAGUAUUAGAGAGAAUCGCGAGCCGGGCGCGUCACAUCUGAAUGGUAAAUCCCUCCAGUUCAGUGUUGUGCUGUCUGUGACGUAAACUGUCUGCUAUGACAUUGGGUUUCUCAUGAUGCAUUUAGCUAAUAUGCAAUAUGAAAAGAGAGAAGUCAGGCUGACAAACUACAUAUAUAUAUAUAUAUAUAUGAGA